AUGGGAAGACAACCUUGUUGUGAUAAGGUUGGUUUGAAGAGAGGUCCAUGGACUAUUGAGGAAGAUCACAAGCUUAUGAAUUUCAUUCUCAACAAUGGUAUCCAUUGUUGGAGAACAGUUCCCAAGCUAGCAGGCCUAUUAAGAUGUGGAAAGAGCUGCAGAUUGAGAUGGAUUAAUUAUCUUAGGCCAGACCUCAAGAGAGGUGGCUUUACUGAAAUGGAAGAGGAUCAAAUUAUACAGCUACAUUCAUGUCUUGGUAACAGGUGGUCUAAGAUAGCUGCACAUUUUCCAGGGAGGACAGACAAUGAAAUCAAGAACCAUUGGAACACAAAAAUCAAGAAGAGGUUGAAGCUCCUUGGUUUGGACCCUGUGACCCUGAAGCCAAUUGAGCAUAAGGAACUGUUUGUUGAUGACAAAAAUAAGACAAGCCUUCAGCCAAACACAUCAAAAGGUUCUGAACAAGGUGUGGAGAAUAAGUCGUUGGACAUGCAUGACACAAUAAAAAUGCCAAAAACAGAAGGAAAAAUGGAAGAAAACAAGGUGAAUUGGGAUGAUGAUACCAUUGGAAUUUUUAACAAUUAUGAAAUGCUGUGCUCACAAUUGGACUUGGGAUUAUGGAUGAGUCAAGAAACCAAAACCAGUACUAGUUCUUAUAGUAGUUCUUCUUUCUCACUUGAUGAUUCUAGCAACAUUUUGGUGGGUGAAUCUCCUUGCCUUCAGGAAAAUUCUUUACAACAAUGGGUUGGUGGUUUUGAUUCUCUCUCAUGGGAUAGCUUCAGUCCUCUUGAGAAAGAUAUUCUCUUCUUGGAAAAUAGGCAUUAA